GUUACAUCCUAGCUGAGGAAGUAGUGAUCAGGAGAAUUUUAUCUUAAGUAUUAAACCAAGUAAUACCUAUGGAUUGAUUAAAAAGAGUUUCAUACCUUUGAAGGUGAGGAAGAGUAUGAUAAAAAUAGACACAGUCAUAAAGGAAGGCAAAGUGACCUGUCUAGCCAGCUGAAUAAGUUGAGAAAACUUACAUGAUUCCAGAAAUCUUGGUGUUAGUAAAGGGCAAGAAUGAGUGACUUACAGAAUAAAAUUGAUUUAUUUUUAUAAAGUGAGAAACUGAAUGACAUAAUAUGGUCUUAAGAUAUUAGGCAGAGGCCGUGGAAGAUAUUUUAUAUUUUAUAUUUGUCUUCUUUACAGGAUAGUGGUCCUAGAAUCUAAGCAGGAGUCCCAUCAUGGAAGAUAACCUCCACAACAGCUCAGGGUUGCCUCCUUUCACACUGACGGGGCUCCCAGGGCUGGAGACCUCCCAACACUGGCUGUUUCUGCUGCUUGGUGUGCUCUACACUGUGUCCAUUGUGGGCAAUGCCCUUAUUCUCUUCAUUAUCAAGGAGGAACAGAGCUUGCAUCAGCCUAUGUACUAUUUCCUGUCCCUGCUAUCAGUCAAUGACCUAGGUGUGUCCUUUUCCACACUGCCCACUGUGCUGGCCACAUUUUGCUUCCACUUAAAGGAGAUUAGCUUUGAUUCUUGUAUGGCUCAAAUGUUCUUUAUCCACUUCUUCUCCUUCACGGAGUCUGGGAUCCUACUGGCCAUGAGCUUUGACCGCUAUGUGGCCAUCUGUAACCCACUGCGGUAUGCCACAGUGCUCACUGAUGCCCAAGUGUUGCGCAUGGGCAUGUCUGUUAUCAUCCGCAGUUUCUGCAUGGUUUUCCCACUACCUUUCCUUUUGAAGAGGCUGCUCUUCUGCAAGGCCAAUGUACUCUCCCAUGCCUACUGUUUGCACCCAGACUUGAUCCACCUGCCCUGUGGUGACAUCACCAUCAACAAUAUCUUUGGUUUGUUCAUUGCCAUCUCUAAUUUUGGCCUGGACUCUGCAUUCAUUCUCCUCUCCUAUGUUCUCAUACUAAGUUCUGUGCUGGCCAUUGCCUCCCGGGAGGAGAGGUUAAAGACACUCAACACAUGUGUGUCACACAUUUGUGCUGUGCUCACAUUUUACGUGCCAAUGAUUGGUGUAUCCAUUGCUGCUCGCUAUGGGAGGCAUGCACCAAAGUAUGUGCACACACUCUUGUCUCUGAUCUACCUCUUCGUGCCUCCAAUGCUCAACCCUGUCAUAUAUUCCAUCAAAACCAAAGAGAUUCGCAUAAGACUUCACAAAACACUAUUGGGAACCAAGUUUUGAGCAGAAGGGGACAUGUUGAAAGGCCAUGAGCCAAUGGAUACUUACUACUCACAUUUGAAUUUCCAAGAUCUGCUUUGACAAGGAUUUUUAAACUUAAUUUUGAAUAUUGACCCACUAUUAGGAUUCCUCGAGGGCACUGGGUUUUUUUUUGGGGGGGGGGUUUAUUAGGAUUCCUGUCACCAGAUGUAUGGUGACAGUCUUGCAGUAGUUAAGUCCCAAGCCAACAGAUUUCAGAAGGGUUAAAUGGUUCAUGAUCGGGGGGGGGGGACUUUGUUUCCCUCUUUUUUAAUUAAAAAAUAAACCUUCUGAUAAUCUGUCCCUCAUUUUUGCCAUGAUAUAUUUCACUUAUCUUGUUUAAAGUAAAUCAUCACAUAGAAAAUUACUUAUUAGUAUAGAAACACUGUAUUAAUGGGAAAAAAUUAUUUUCCCAAUGAUUGCGUCAAAGGAUUAUUAGUUAAAAUUGCAUAUAUAUGAACAUAUAUAUAUAAUAAUUAUGUUCAGCAAGAUUUGUUUCAUGUAACGUAUGUCAUUUACCUGGUCUUUAAAAUGAGAUAAAUGUAAUUGCAUACAA